GGGACCCGCCAGUUACGCAACAAUAACAACGCCGUGAGGAGGUGCGUAGCGUCGUGCGGCGUGCGACACCGCAACGCGACACCGUGGAUCGUAUGGUGCGUUGACUGUCUCGCGUUUGUGGGGAAUCACUUGUUGAUAACGACGCGCGUGAGUGAGUGGAGAAACCCGCGUGGAAAGACGAAGGAAGAACCGGCGUUGAAAGAAGAAACGGCGAUUAUCGCCGUUGAAAAAUCGUGCGCGUGAGGAUUCUUUAAGGAACUCACGGGCGGGAGCGAAAGAUCUCGACGCGCCGCGAGUGACCUGAAAUCGAAAGAAGCGAGGAAGCUCGCGCGCGAAUAUUGAUCACGAUCUAGAGAAGCGAUGUGAAGAAGUGUGAAGGAGAGUGCGUGAUUUCGUGAGAACGAAAAGAUUUCGCAAAGCUUCGGAAGGGAAUCUCGAUCGAUCGCGAUCGGAAGCGGGAAAGCGUGACUUCGGAGCGUCUGUCGUUUUACGAGGGAAAGCUUCACGAGGUGAAAAUUGAAAAGCGCGAUGUGAUCGAUCGUUUAAGUAAGAAGAAAUCGAAAGGAUUCGCGAAUGUCACACUCGAUGCAAGAUAUGCCCAAAGUGUCAUUCAGUGCGAAAGAUCGAUGAGAAAUAUUGGAAGCUAGAUCAAGUUGACACUUAUCUUCUCUAGCAAUUAAUGAAUGAAGCGAGAGACAACCAGCGACCACGAGGACAGUCGGAGAAGAAUUUCAAACGAUCAUUAUUAUACACGAACAGAAAACAUUUAACUUGUAAAAAUCACAAGGCAAGGUGAUCGAAAGAAGCUAUCGAGAAGGUUGUUUGACAAAUCGAUGAAACGUCAACAUGUUGUAGCAUCAGUCGAAUAAAACUCCAAUAUAUAACAAGUCCCGGUUUCGCCGAUAAAUACGAUCGGCAAAAACGAGGUCGCUGCAUCGUGUCGAUGCGAUAGAUCGACCGGAGAAGCCGCUACCGAUCACUCAGGGGAGGAGAGAGACGCGCGGGGAAUCCCGCCGCCGCUCGCGACGACUUGGCGUUUAGGCGCCAAUGACGUCACCGGACGAGUGAGGCCGCUUGUCGGGGGAAUUGGCGGUCGGAGUUUCUCGCCGCGGUGCGCGUUUACGCACCGACACGACACAACACAACGCUCGCGGCGUUACCGCGAUCGCCGACCAUGAUAGUCGCGGUGUUGAAUGGUAGUGGUAGUGGAGACCACGCGGUAGUCGUCGCGGCGUGAUGGUGUGCAGUUUGCUCGUGUCGUGCUCACGGUGGGGGUAAGGAGAUCCUGUGGAAUCGCGCUGCGCGGUGGCCGAUUACACUUUUCUACGUAUGUCGCUCGUCGACGGGCAAUGACUAACCGCGCGCGGCUGAGUGCAUUAGCGAGAGAUACUCGCCGUCGACACGGAGUUGAUCCGGAGCUGUCACUCGCCUUCGUUGUUGCCGCCGGUCUACGUCAGCACCGGUCAGACGUGAUUUGCAUAGCAAACAGAUUGUCGCGCUUGUACCUAGUAAGUGGAUAAUGAGAAGAGAAGAAGUCGUGGGUGCUCUCUCUCUCUCUCUCUUCUCAUGUGGUAGCGCGAGAACUCGCGAGCGAUCUUGCGCGCGGAUCCGUAUGUGGGUGAGUGUGUGAAUAUCGCUCUGUAUAUACGACUGAUUCGCGGUGCCAGAAGGAGGGAGAGAUAGAGGAUACGAGGCAAGUGUGGAGCUUAAAAUAGAAGAGUGACUUCGGUUUAAGUACGUGGCGGGAGGACAAGCGAGUAAAACGAAUCCAAAGGAAGGAGAGGGUGAAUGUUGUUCGCUUCUUCCCCGCCUCCGCGUUUCUGUGAUACGUUUAAAUUCUACGUUUCUUCGCGGGUAAACGAGGAAACAAGCGAGUUCGAGAGAGAACGAGAGUAUAUAUAAAUCUGUAUAUACACGUACACACACACAUACACACACACACAUACACACACAUAUAUAUAUAUAUAUAUAUAUAUAUAUAUAUAUAUAUAUAAUCUCGCGGUGAAGUGUUCUGUAUGUGUGAUAACCUCUAUAGUGCAUAUUGUGGUGGUGUAACGCAAGAGGGGAUAUAUCGUGCCUCUCGCGCAACUUUAUUUUUUCCGCCCGUGUCGUCAGAAAAGGAGAGAAUUCGCCGCGAUACUCGAACACACACAGGCAGGAGAGAUCGCGCCAACCAAGCGCCGAACGCUCGUCCCGAGGAGAGGAGAAGGCGUCGUCUCGCUCUCUGUCCCACGCGAUGGAUCGUGACUCGCGUUCGUAUUCCUGCGGAGGCUGCGAGAGGACCGCCGCCGACGGCCGAGCUAUGCCGAUGGAGUAACAAGUGAGCGGCGAAGCGGCGUUGCCAUGACGACAGAGAUCCAUACUGUGGCGAUGACAGACCCACAGCUGACCAACAACAACAACAACAACAAUAACAACGAUGGCGAGCCAAAAUAUUUGCACAAGAAGUUCAAGAAGAUGGCGACGACCGAAAUCGCGCCGAAGAUCGUCGAACCCAGGAAGGAGACCACGGCGAACAACAUCGUUCCUGCCGAGACGCCCAAACGGAAGGACGUCGAUAAGGAUGGUAAAGAGUCAUCGAAGGAAUCCGGCCACAAACUCGAGGUUUCCUCGGAACCUGAGGGAACCGAACCCGCCACCGAGUCUCGGAAAAGCGGCUAUACAUGCCCUUACUGCAAGCUGACAUGCGCCAAGCCGAGUGUUCUUCAGAAGCACAUCAGGGCGCAUACGAACGAGCGACCGUAUCCGUGCAUACCGUGCGGAUUUGCUUUUAAGACCAAAUCAAAUCUGUACAAGCACUGCAGGUCACGCUCUCACGCGCACAAGGCGGAAAAGGGUGACAAGAUGUCUGAAGAUUCCGAUAUAAGCCUGUCGGACAGCGCCAGUAAUGGUACUGGAACACCACCGCCUCCUGUUUCGACGCCUUCGACGACAACGGCAACAGUAUCUACCGCUGCGGUGAAAAAUGUAAAAACCGGCAAGAUAUACAAGCCGAGGUUUCAAGCUCGAACGACUUUACAAUGCGUCAACAGCGACACGGAAACGUCUUCCUUAUCGCCCAGUUCUUCCAGUAGUUCCUCCUCUUUCUCUUCCAUAACUACUUCCGCUUCUAAUUCCGUCAAGCCGAACGUGGAACAAUUGCAAGAUCAUAUCGACAAGAUUAUCACGGACAAUCAGGCGAUUGUCGAUGCAGUGGACCCACGUCUGCAUAAGCUAAUGCAGCGCCAACAGAGUUUGGUGGAGAUGAAACAAUCAUACGAGCAACAACCAUUGAACUUGUCUUCCACGGAGGAAACCUUGAAUAGCAGAAAGCGUUGCUACAGCGACAGCUGCGCUCAGGAAACAAAGGAAAGCGCACACAAUUCUGAAAGUUCGAUCAUCAAAGAUCUCCUCCUGAAAACUCGUGAUUUUGCGAAUGGAUCAAUACCAGAGAUUACGUUGGAAAAUUUCAUUUGUCCCACUUGUCAUAUUCCCUACACUAGCAUGGACAACCUAGAAGCUCAUCGUAAAUAUUACUGCAAGGCUAGUCCCCGAAGAGAAACGGAUUAUCAAAUAGAGCUGGAGAAACGAAAUUCUGACUUUGAUUCUAAGUCUUCCAAUUACUACAGCAUUUUGCAGCCUCUACCAUCGCCGGGCCCUCUAUUGGGUAAUACUAGACUGGUCGAUGCAUAUGCUCCACCCAUCAAAAAGCAGAGAAUGGAGACUGUGCCAACCAGCUUGAGGUCGCUGGAAGAACUGAGUAAGUACCCACGUCCGAACUCGCUACAGAUGUUCGGUGGAGAAGUGAGGAUUCUCGACAAUACCGGCGAGGUAACGAAAACAAUGCGAAUCGAGCCGCGACAGACCAGCUCGCCCCCGAGCGAUCACAUAAUCAAUGUUAACUGCGUGACUUCGGAGAUGGCGUCAAUAGUAGUGAGGUCAGGGCUUCAUUCUGGUGGUACCAUGCUGCACAAGACGUCGAGCAUACCAGCUAGUACGCCCAGUCCCUCCAUAUCCCUGUGCAACACGUCGAAGAUGGCAUCAUGCAUCAUACCGAACAUAUCAACUUCCAAUAUAAUGCCUAACAUGUCUUGCUACGAUUAUUUAGAGCCGCAUCUUAACCCGCUGACGAGUAUCACUGCCUACAACCCGUUGACUUUGCCACAAACGGGCAUCACGAGCAUUCUCCACGGGGACAAGGUGAUACGUUAUGUACCCGGUAUUCCUGGACCGCAUACGCUGACCGGUACGCCGACCAUAGACAUAUCUCCGAGUAUAACGGCCGGCGAAGCCGGUUACAAGGUGAUACCAGGUUUACCAGGCUUGCACAUGGUACAUCAGCCGUUAGACUUGGCCAAUCCCGUGAGAGUGCAACCCAGUACGGUACACUCUGGCAUGUCCGAUCUAUUGUCUGGACAUACUUCUUCCAUAUUGGAGCAACCUCUGGACCUGGCCAGUCCGGCGAAGGAGUCGGCAAAGAUCAGCUUUAAAACUCCUAGCGUCGACAGUCUGAAGAGCGGCUUAAUCAGUCCUAAAGUUCCUAGCGUCAAGGUCGAGACUUCGACGGACAAGCAUCGCGUGAGAAUAAUGACAAUGCCCAUUAAUAAAACGGAUUUAGAUCGUCAUAUCAAGAAUAAUGUGACUGUGAAGUACAAGGGUAUGGAGAGUCCCGAGAAAAGGGAGUUCACAUACGAUAAAAGUCCGAAGUUAGACAAAGCUUUUAGUUAUCUGAACGGCGUGAACCCCGCAACUUCGUCGAGUUCUUACAGUAAGCUAAAAUACACGACUAAAGUAAUUUUGGAAAAUAAGAAAAAGCUUUCCAAUUGGGGCAUUAAUGAUAUAGAUGUUGGUAGAGUAGCAUCGAUAGAGACGAAUAUCGCUACCUCUAAAUAUGAUCUACCAUCUCACGAGAAUGAUCGAUUAAAGAACAGCAUCCCUUCGAAUACACGUGGAUCCAAAAUCGUGGAUAAUUACAUAUUCAACGGGGCCAAAGUAAAGGCCGACAACGCGCCGUCGGUGAUACUUGUGAACUUAGAUUCUUUCAAAACAGAAGUGCGAACGAAAACUUCUACAGAGAUAGUUGUUAAGGACAAACAAUCCGAGGCCAAAUCGCCAAAAAGCGGCGGCGAUGUCGCUAAGGAAGCAACUAACGCCAACAAAUUCUUGAGACCUACAUCCUUGCCGCUGAAGCCCGGCACUUUCACGCCGAAGAAGCAUCAUGGGAUUACGCCUACGGCGAACACACUUCCUCUCAUUAGUCCGGAGACACCUCGACCGAAAAAGUCAUAUGGACAAUUAUAUUUAAACGGACACGCCUACACAUAUCUAGGACUAAAGUGUUCUACUAGAGUAUUCUAUUGCACUCUGAAUCGACCGCAGCCGAUGUACGUUACACAGCAGCAUGGUCUAUCGAUGUACUCUAACUGGAAAAGUAAGGAGGCACCGCUGGACGUGGACAUGGCGCAUUAUGACUCUCGGCACAGGCCUUUGAAUUACACCACCGCAUGGAAGAAGCAAGAAGAUAUUCUGACGCACUCCUCACAAAGGCCAACCACUCCCAACAGUCCAGACAGCGGAUUGGAGAGUGAUAUGCAGGAGAAAGCGAAAAGAGUGAAAAUAUUUGACGGAGGCUUCGAAAGUAAUGAGGAUUAUACUUAUGUACGCGGAAGAGGUCGAGGACGCUACGUCUGCGUAGAAUGCGGUAUUCGUUGUAAGAAACCGUCUAUGCUAAAGAAACAUAUCAGAACACAUACAGAUGUUAGACCAUAUACCUGCAAGCACUGUAAAUUUAGUUUCAAAACGAAAGGCAACCUCACGAAGCACAUGAAAUCCAAGGCUCAUUACAAGAAGUGCGUGGAAUUUGGCGUAGUACCGGUUCCUACGACCGUCUGCGACGAGAAUAUUGACAAGGAGGCCAUUGCGCGAUUAGCAGCCGGUGGUGGUAAUACGGAAGAAGAAGAGGAAGAGGAAGAGGAAGAUGAUAGCGAUGGCGAAGAGAGCGAAGAGUCUGGUAGUGAAGAGCAAGAAGCGGCACAAAGUCUACUGAGUCUUUCGCAACAUAACGCGACAAACAGAUUGCCGGGUUUACUGCCGUCAGGCAGACCUACGACAUAUCCAUAUGCGCUAACUCUAUCGACUACUUCCACGGUGAAUAUUGUAUCCACCACAACGAAUACAUCGAUCGUGAGCAGUCAAAGUAUUGCCGCGCAAGAAACGGCUUUAAUACAAAACGAAUUAUCGCAACGUUACUAUUUCCCAUCGAGUCGCGACACUACAGAAGAGACGAGAAUCAGUGUCAUUCAGUCAUCGAAGAAAAAUGACUGUGAUUUGGAGAUCGAAGAGAUUACCGAUGUCACAGACUCGCGUCAUCAACUUUCACAGCCCAUGGAUCUCACAACGAAGCAGACAGCUCAACUGUUGCUCUCGCCAAUCUCGCAAAGAACCAGACCAACAGACAUUCUGACUCCCGUUUCAGAACCGGUUCUAUUGCAAACAAUAGUCCAGACGAUGGAACGAUUGCCUAUACAGGGUAGAGAAUGGAAACCGAACGCGGAAGGUCACAUGUUGCAGGCGUAUCUUACGGAGAGACACAUGAUGGACAGUAAAAUGAAGCAGCAAUAUCGUGUGGGAAGUACCAAAUUGGAUAACAAACAAACACAAGAAAGAGAUAUUUAUCCGCGACACCAGGAUCUCAGUAGAUCUAGGAUGGAUUCCAAUGGCAUUCCAUCAGUGACGUAUACUGAUCCCAGUAAAAUGCAGCACACUGUUAUGGAGUCUAGAAUUAAGCACAUAACAAAGCACACUAGUGACGACAUUAAAAUGGAAAUCAGGGAGAAAAUUUAUCUCAACAAUAUGGCAAUGGAAAGACGAAUGUUUGAAUACGAGACUAUUCAUAAGGAUAAAGAACAAUCUAAUCGCCUGGUUUCUGAUCGUGAAAAUUUCGAGCUUAAUCUAACUAAUGAUCCCACUGGUACAAGGCCAAGUAUCGAAUAUAGUUUACCUAUAAGCAAGACUAAUAGCUCAAUGGAAAGAUCGACUUGUUCUACCGCACCUAUUCGCAGCACGCCCAAUAUCGACUGCCAUUCACCGAAAUCUUUGAAUAUAGAUAACCGACCACCAUUGAUGCAACACACGAACAAUGAGAUUGAUAAAAGUUCCAUGUUCAACGCGAUGAAGAUGAUGAGUGAGGUGGAAAGGUCUAGGGAAUGUCAUACCGUCAAUCAGGAAAUGAGGCCUGCGAGUCAUGAGAUCAGACUCACGACCAACGAUAGUCGAAUGCAGAGUCCACGGAAUCUUGAUUUAAGACCGCCCAGCAGAGAGAUCAGAACGCCCGGUCAAGAGUACAGAGCACAGAAUCACGAACUGAGGCUACCGAGUCAACAAGAAUACAAAAUGCGAAGUCAAGAGAUGAGAUCGCCUAGUCGCGAAUACAAGCCAUCGUUCGCUCACGAUAUACAAGUCAUCCAGGAGCUUAUGCCGUCGACAAACAUGGAAAUGCGGCAAACAAAUUCAGAAAAUAGGCCAGCAAGUAGUGAGAUGAGAGGUCUUUUGGAAUAUAGAGCGCAGCCUCAAGAUCCCCGUGCCGGCUAUGAGAUAAUGCAGUCGCCUAUACACGAGCCGCCCAAAUCGCAAAACAUCGAUGCGAGAAAUACAUCGCCGCAGGAAGCACAAAUCAUCUAUUACGAUGCGAAACAGAACACAGAUACCGUUAAACAAAACACACCGGAUAUGAAGCGAGCAGUAGCCAGAAAGAUAGUCGUCGGCGGCCCUGAUUUUCGAUCACCGUCACCGAAUACAGGAAAUCCGAAACCGCAAGCAGAAUUUUUACAACCAUCGAGUGGGCCAGCGCCUAAUUAUGUUAGUUUGACAAAGGAUGGUAGGAGUAUAUGUGGAAUUUGUAAUAAGGUGUUCAAUAAGUCUGGUCAGUUACGAUUGCAUAUCAAUAUUCAUUAUUUUGAGCGGCCAUUCAGAUGUGAAAGUUGUGCAGUUUCCUUUCGGACUAAAGGUCAUUUAACAAAACAUGAGAGAUCUGUUUCUCAUCAUAAUAAAGUCAGUAUGACUUCCACAUUUGGUGCAGCAACUAGCAGCAAUCCCAGGCCAUUCAAAUGUACAGAUUGUAAGAUAGCGUUCAGAAUACAUGGACAUUUGGCCAAGCAUCUUCGUAGUAAGAUGCACAUUAUGAAGUUAGAAUGCUUGGGCAAAUUACCAUUUGGAACAUUUGCGGAAAUGGAACGAUCUGGUGUCAACUUGAAUGAUAUCGACACGACAGACUGUGAUAAUAGUCUUAAUAGUCUGCAGAUGUUGGCUCAGAGAUUAUGCGGAAAGGAUCCUGCUAAAAUUGUGCAAUGGGAUUCGGAAACUCUGCCCGGACCGAUUGUGAGCGGUGGCGAAACUUCGUCAGAUGAAGGUGAACCUAUACCGCAGCACGCACUUCAUGCACAAUAUGUAAAAACGACGAAGGAUGCGGACAUUUCCCGAUCAUAUCAUGUGCCAAUCAUUACCGAAGAAUCGAAAGUCAUUAACGAUGCUCGUCUACACAGUCCCCAGUUUAAUCAGCAGAGGCGCGAUUAUGCUAUUAAAGAACAUCGAACAAUACCGGCCAUCGUUUCGAUGGAAGACACGAGGGCAGAAGAAAAUUUACAAUCAUACAAGUGCCAAGUUUCCUCUGUAUCUAUGCGUACUGUAAACGAAUUACAGGUACACCGUUUUGUUGAGCAUAAUAUUGAAACAGAUUCUAGUACAAAUAUCCAUGGAGAUAGGAAUGCAGGUAAAUGUAGUAGGGAAAAAGAGAAUACUCAGAAAAGAAUCGCAGAAGAUUCUGCAGUGAAGGAAGAUCACAUUAGGCCAAGACUAGAAGAUACAUAGUGCCAAAAUGAUAUAGCAUGCUAAAGAAUUUGUUUGGAUGGUGUCUAUAAUGUUACACACUUCCCUUGGUUUCAAGAUGUAUUCUAUACAAAACGCAUCACAGAUAUCUUACACAGAAAAGUCUUGUGCGGUACAUCCUAAAAAAAUAUCUCAAUAAGUAGUACAAUGUUUUAUGUUCUUGGGAAUAACGAUUUCUUGAAAAUUAACAUAUUAACGCAUGUUGAAUGCUUGCAAAGAUUUAGACAAAUCGCGCAUUGUUUGUAAUAAAGAUUUACGUGUUAUAAAUUUGCAAUUUUACGUUGCCAGAGUAUUUGGCAAAUUUCUGAGGAUUUUACAAAAUUUAUCAGAGAAGUAAAAGACAUGGACAUCGAAAAAAUGUUUAUGUUUAACAACAUAAAUUAAAAAGUACUGUCUCGAUCGCGUUUCUUUUAUUAUAGAUAUCGGUUUACUUAUAUUGCAUACAGCCCUAAUGCAACAUAAUCGCUUGUACAAUCCUCCUAUAAGACUACAUUCUUCCUCAUAAAAUCGGCUGAUAUAAUGCGUAAGUAAAAAGAAAAAAAAACGUAGCUCGAGAGAGAAAAAUAUUUAAUAAUAAUUAUAAUAUUUAUAUACAAUAGUAUCUCUUGUAGCGAGCAUGACGUGCAAUGAACUAGCAUGUGAUUCUGUAUUUAAAGUGCAAAUGUUGCUUUCAACAUGUUGAAGAGUAUUCUAAUAUUACACUUUAAAUUGAUAUAAAGCUUAUAUACAUAUAUACUAUAUUAUAUAUAUAUUUGUAUGAUAUUAGUAUGCGAACAAUUAUGAGAGUUAUUGUUGAUAUAAGAGGAAAUGCGUGUUUGUAUAUAUUUAUGUAUAAUAUAAUGUGAGAAAUGAUGUUAGUCUCUAUUAUAGUUUUAAGAAAAAUCAGAAAUCAGAAAUUGUAUCGGUUGCUCAGAUUACUUAUAAAUUUAUAAACACUUUUAUUAAAUGCUGCAAAUUCUUUAGUUUCCAUGUCUUGAAAGAUUUUCUUACAAGUAAAUAGGAUGUGAUAAGUAUAUCUACUUUGAUGUUAUCAAAAACAUUACUAGAUGUUAUUUAAUUAUCUUUAUAUCUUACAUUUGAUAUUAUUUUAAAUCUUUAUUGAUCUUACUCGUUAAUUGCUCUGAAAGACCGAUUUGCUGAUUCUGCUUAAGACAUUUAAGAAGCCAGAUACCUUCCAUGAGCGACAGCUACCGUAUCUUAUAAUUAACUGUCUAUCUUUCUGUAAUGCUAUAUCUAGUUUUGAUAUCUCACUCAAGCACGACAAUGUCUUUCCUAAACUGCAUAAUCAGACACCGUUUAUCACAAUUUGUACCUAGAUGUGCUUGAGCUAAGAUAAUAGAGAUAUGGAUAUAUGAAAUGACUGCACAAUUGUAUACAAUGAGGUCCAGUCCAAGUGAUUGUCACUAAACGAUAUCAAUGUAGCAUAGUCUAACAUAGCAUUUUGGAUGUAUAUCUAUUAUCUAUACAAUUCUAUCGACUCCAAUCGCAAAACUACAUACGAGCUUCCAAGAUGUACAUGUGUUCUAUGUACCCAAAAUGCCAAGCCAACAAUUUGCGUUUGAAAAAAUCAGCGAAAACAAUGAAAGUGGACUUUCAAUACAAAUGAUAACGCGGUUUUUUCACGUGAAAUGCAUAUUUUGCAAAUACGUGUAAUACACGUCUCUCUUGAUUAUUCGAAUGUAUACUUAUAUGUGAUUUUGAAAGAAUGUACUUUGCCAAAUUAUAGAUUCAUAUUCUCAAUAUAUUUUCGAAACAUAGUUGUCCGUAAAAAUAUCAAGUAUAUUCAAACGUAUACAUAUCAUAUGUACUGAUUUCUCGAAAUUAACUGAGACGAUGGAUGGCUAUGCGUUUUAUCAUUUGAUCAAAUCGAAUGUCGCACAGUACAAGUUAGAUUUACUUGAUAACACUUGCAGUUUUGACUGUGCACUCUGAACAUGAUCGCAAUUCAAAUUCUACAAUGUUAAACUGAACGUUUGAAAAUUAUUGUAUGACAAUAUCUUUGAAAUUAAAUAAUAUCAUGCUAAUUUUUAUACAUAAAAAUUGUAAAAAGGUUUUUACAAUUUCAAAAUUUUGUUAUGAUCACUCUUUUAAAAAUUCGUAUACAUAUAAUAUUAUGCGAUUUCAAGAUCAAAGAAUAAUUCUUGAAUUACUCUGAAUUACUACCACAAAAUAUGACUAUAUGUAUAUCAUCACAAAAUAUGAUGAUUUUGAAAUAUAGCUAUGAAAUAUGUAGAAGAAAGAAUAUUGAUUAUAAUUCUUAUAUAUAUUUCAAAAAAUCUGUUUUUACAAAAAUAUUUUAAAUUUCAAUAAUUGUUCAAGUAACAGAGUAUUGAAUAUAUAUCUUUAAAUAACGAUUUUCAUUAUGAUAUCGAGGAUACAUAUAAUAUAAUCAAAAGUAAUUUGAGAUUUACUUGAUUAUAUAAUAUAUCGAUCAUUCAAAUUCAAGAAGCCAAUGGAAGAAUAAUUUCAUUUAUGAAUUAGAGAUAUGUGAGAUAUAUGAAAAUUAAAUUUUAGAAAAAAUAUUUAUCAGAAAUAAGAUUAAUCUUAAAUCUCUUAUUUUGAAAAGCAAAGUUUAUUACUUUCUUGCAUUGAAUGAUCGAUAUGCUAUUCUAAUUGUCAUCCUCCUUAUUCAGAGAAAAUUCAGCCGUGUAAUUUAUAAAUAUGUGAUGAAUAUGUUUUAAUUAUACUCCAAUGUCUUCCUUUGUAUAUUAUACCAUCUGAUAUAAUAAUUUGUUUAUUAAGACUAUUCUACAUAUAACUGUUAUAAUAUUUGAAUUCGAUUAAAUAGAGUCUGCAUUUUACGAUAAGUACUAAAAGAACCAUGUUAUAAACUAAUAUCCUAAAGUAAGUACAAGUAUAUCUGAUAAAAAAAUGGAGACAUAUUUAUUAUUAAGAGCGUGUAUACACGCUCGUAUCUAUGAUUUACAUUACACAAAAAAAAGUUGGCUUGGCUACUUUCAGACUCAGUAUUAGAUUUUGAGAAUAAUGGAGAAAAAAGAAUGGUCGCGAAAAAGCUUGUACGGCUUCUAGAUGGUUUUAUACUAAUUUAUGUUUUUUAUGCAGACGAAUCGGCGUUCGACACUCAAUUUCACGAGAUGUUUCCGAAGGAACUCUUUGCUCUAGCCUCCUCUCCCAGUUCUAUAUUUUUGUGGUAAUUUAGAUGAUUUAAAUUUUAUAUACACGCGCAUUGUGUAAACGAUGACACAAAUACCUGGCAAUAUAGUAUUUUAUAUAUAUUAUAGAUCUUUAAGAUUUUAUAAAAAUGUUCUUCCCCGCGCGCGCAAGAAAGAAAAAGAAAGAGAGAAAGAGAUGUGAAAAGAAAGUAAUUCAUCAUCUUUUAUGCACGCGUAAAAUGUCAUGUGCUACUUUGCAGCUGCUUCAACAAAUCAUCUGUGGCUUGAGCAACUUUAGGAUAAAAACUUUUAUUUGAAUCCAACCGUAUUGGGCUUUUUUGCCUAUCAAUAUCAGAUAAUGGGACCGGAAUGAUAAUUUUAUAAGCGUAUACUUGAGUAAGGUAGCAAAUGGAUUUUAUGAAUGCCAAUGUGUUUUGUCAGUGUCAUCGUUACAUUUUUUUUCUGAUUCUGUGAAUUCUGUUAAACUACUGAUGAGAAUAUAUAAUUUUUAUUUAUUGUAAAUAAAAGAAAGAACAUUGCUGAAA